AUGACAUCUAGAGCGUCAGCUUCUCGGUACCCCAGAGGUGGACAGCCCGGCGCUCCAUCUAAUGACAAGGAGACAACCUGCGACUACUGUAGAAGAACGCUACAUACCCCUCCAUUUAUAAGCUUCAUCCUCGAUAGCAGUCCCACGGUCAUACCAAACUACACCCUCGACCGCUCAAUUGCACGAUGCAAGCACUGCGAUUAUGUCGCUGCAUGCAAGCAGUCGAUCGAUGCUGAACUGCUACCACCGGCAUACGAAAGCCCAGUCGCCACUAUCGAACGUCACAUCGCCAUGGCAGAGGGGCUGAUAGCUGAUGGGAUACGGAGCGAGGAACUACGGAGGACGUUGCCGGCGAUGAAGAGACGGUUGGCGGAAGCUAUCAGAGAGAGAGAUCAGAGAUGCGAAGCUGCUUGGAAUGAAUUCUGGGGGAUUUGGGGAAGGAAUCCUACGGAGCUUUUAGCAGGGAGUUACGGGAUCGGUAGCCCUUUGAGACAUCGUCGUGGCUUGGGUGGUCUUCAAAAAGGGGUGCCCGAAAGUCUUUGUUAUUCGGGUGGUUCGACACCAAAAUGGUUCUUUGAUGGCAGCCGGCAGCAGUUGAAUGAACAAGGCCAACCAUUCCUAAUAGGUGCAGCAUGGCUGCCACUCCAUCGCUCGACGCGUGGUGCACUCCGUGUCUGUUUCGCUGUUCAUAUUUCUCCGGCCCAACGCAUUCUCAUGCCACAGGCCGCAGGAUUUGCGGUGUUGCGCCAGCUUUGCCCCUCCAUUUGGGCAUUAUUACUUCAAGACUUCAAGUACGAAGUACAACCCUCUGUGACGACUGGACUGCACUGGACUGCACUGUAUGAAACCACCACCUCCCUUGAAUUGAACCUCCUCUGUCGCGGCCCACAUAUACGAGGUACUGUUGCUAAGGCCACCCAAAUAGUUGAAUUUCGCCAUACUGGUCCUACCACAAGCUUGCGUUUUACCCACAAAGGAGUAAUCUUCCCAUCACCCCAGCCACAGCCACACCAGGUCAUCAUGGCACCAGGAGGACCACCAGGCGGCGGACGUGGCCGCGGAGGCAAAUUCAAGAAGUUCACUCGCGGUGGUGGCAAGCACUUCUCCAAGAACCUGCGACCCCUCGAUGCCGAUGGAAACGAGAUUGAGGAGCGCGACCCCAAUGCAUCCACAUCCGAAGAGGAGGAGGACAGCUCCGAAGAGGAGUCAUCCGAAGAGGAAGACGCCGACAAGCCUGCCAUGACCCGCGAAGAGCGUCGCGCCGCCGCGAAAGCCAAGAAAGAAGCCGCAAUAGCUAAGAGGAAGGGUGUUCCCCAGCCGGGUGAUCUACCUUCCAGCUCCGAGGAGGAGAGUGACGAUGACGAUAUGCCCGCCAACCCGAACCACUCGAAAGCCGCACGGAACCAAGCUAAGGCCGCGCCCGUCACCGUGGAGCAAGUCGCCGAGGGCGUUAAAGAUAUGGGUGUCGGCGGCAAGGGAAAGAAACCAGCUGCAGAGUUGAGUCGUAGGGAAAGAGAGGCUCUACAAGCACAACAGGCAAAGGAGAGAUACCAGAAGCUGCAUGAGGCUGGCAAAACGGACGAGGCCAAAGCAGAUCUCGCGCGGCUGAAGCUUAUCCGGGAGAAGAGAGAGCAGGAGGCUGCCCGGAAGCAGGCCGAGAAAGAAGAACGUGAAGCAGCAGAUAAAUCAAAGAGGACUGAGAUUGACGCUCGAGAGGCGAAACGGAGAGAGGCUGCUAUGGGGGGACCAAAGGGGAAAGGCAAGGCGAAGAAGUAG